CAGUGGAAGAUCAUGAAAUUAACUCUUGAGGAAACAGUACUAAUUGUAACUUGAAGAUUUCGCAGUAAUAUCCUCGGGACAUUGCUAAUUUUAAUCGUUUUUAGUUGAGUGCUCGUCAUGGCAUCUCAGACGCAAGGCAUACAGCAGCUUCUAGCGGCAGAAAAGCGGGCUGCAGAAAAGAUUAACGAAGCGAGGAAACGCAAAGCUCAACGUCUAAAGCAAGCGAAACAAGAAGCGCAAGCUGAGAUUGAGAAGUAUAGAAUGGAACGAGAACGUCAGUUCAAGGAAUACGAACACAAAUAUCUCGGGACGAAGGAAGAUAUUGAAAUGAAAAUCAAACAAGACACCGAAGAUAACAUCAAAAAAAUGGAAAAUUCUGUCGCAAAGAAUAAGCAGCAGGUGAUUGUGCGUUUACUGCAGUUAGUCUGUGAUAUUCGACCUGAACUUCAUAUGAAUCUUCAAAUCCAGAAGAAACUUCAUGGAACACAUCUUUAAAUUCCAUAAUAAAGCUGUUUCUUCAGUGAUUUUUAUUUCCUUUCACAGAUAUUUUCCGUCAUUUGCUGAAGUAGAAAAAGCGUGUGAAUUCACUUCCUAAAACUGCUGAUUAAGUUGUUUCAGUUUAUUCGUCCUGUCUUCUUUUCUUAAAUGUUUUUCAUGUGCUCUUAAGUCAUCAAUAAUAUUGAAUUCAAUUCAAAUGGAUAAAAUUAUUUCACAGAUUGGUUUGAAUGUCAGUAGGAUUUUUCUAAGACGUCACUACUUGUCAGACAUUUCGGGAAAAGAAAUACACUUUGUGCAGAAUGUGACGUGAAACUUACUGAGGAUCGCUACUAUGGGAAGAUUACCAGCUGGCAGCAGUAUAUAUUCAUUUCACUAAAGUACAUUUGGAGGGGAAUAGUACGAUUCUAGAACCAGUUGGUGGGAGAACGUUUCAUAUAAUGUAAGGAUAUAGC